UCAGUCAGCAGCAGUAACACAGGAGGGGCUUCACGUUGAACACUGGUCGUAAGGGGGCGGUGUCCAUCAGGAGGCUAUAGAAGAGUUGCUGCGCACAUUUACGCAUCACUUGUUCUCGCAGAUGCCCCAAACAUUUUUACUCCUUUUUUUCCCCCCCGUCACCACCAUCUUUUUAGAUUUAGAUUUUUAGAUUUAAGAUCCGCCAUCGUUUGCGAAGUUUCCGACAACAAGUGCAGAAAGUCAUGAUGGGAGCGCGUGGAUGGAGCGCAGCGCGUCUCGGCCUCGUUGUUUGUGGAUAUCUGGCGUUUUUGUGCGCGGACCUGGUUCCGCGGGUUGAAGCGGGCUGCGGGGAGAGAGAGAGUCCGAGCUGCUGCACGGGUCGGAAUAACCAUUGUUCUGAGUACAGCAGGAGGAAAACGGUGUGCUACUGUGACACCUACUGUCAGAAGACCGGAGACUGCUGCGAGGACUACCAGCGCGUGUGCCAGUUAUCUGCAGCCGUCGACUGUGUGGUGGGCUCCUGGGGUUCAUGGUCUUCAUGUUCAGCUCCAUGUGGCGUUGGCAGCACUGAAAGGAGUCGCCAAGUGUCAGUUCCCCCCAGAAACGGAGGCAGACCCUGUCCAGAUCUGAAACAGCGUCGGGGGUGCCUCGGAAACAACGCUGUAUGCAGCACAGCCAAAGAGGUGGCGAAGAUCCUGCCCGAUUCUUUCAAGAGGAACUUCAAAGACCCUUGGAGACGACCUCACAUGCUGAUGAAGGAGGAGAAGGCCAGUUACUGUGUUUACCUGCGGCUGAAACAGAUCAGUGCAGCCUGUAAAGUCAAACUGUGGAGCGCCGCGCUGGUGAGAGAGAAGCUGGUCUGUGCCGAGUGUCAGAGUGACGCCAUGUCAAAGUCAGAUCGAUGUGGAGGUGACGGCCUGGAGGGAACCAGAACCUUCUGGUCAGCGGCUUCCCUUCCUGGCUGUCACGGUUCUUGGGUACGAGAGUCAUCUUUGAAGAGCUGCCACUGUCCUCCUUACUCUGUGCUCUUCGUGUGAGCUCAUACAGGAACCUCAGACACCUGUAUAGAGAGACACUCCCCUCCACUCCCCCCCCAGCUCACUGUGGAGUCAAACCAGAAUCCUUCCGAUCUGGAUUUCUGGAUGGCAUCUCAAAGAGAUCAUCAGCAUAUCCUGCCAUCUGUCCUUAUUCCCUUCAUACUCUGUAGUAUCUAAUCUGUUACCAAGCACACACCUUUUAUGAUUUCAAAUAUCUCUCAUUCUAAAACACAGCAUCUUGUAUAUCUAUUUACCUCCUUUAAUUCUUCUCUUUGCUAUCUACCUCCAACAAUGCAAGAGCAUUGGUUAAUGCUCAAUGUGUAAUAUAUAAAUAUAUAUUAUUUUGCUUUAUACAAUAAUAACUUUAAUUCUUUUUUGUAAUAUAUAUAUACUGUAUCUAUCUAUCUAUCUAUAUAUAUAUAUAUAUACUGUACUGUACUGUACUGUAAUUGUCUUUCACCUAAAGGACCAAUCAGGAGACACUUCUCAGUUCUGUCUCAGUUCUGCAGCUCAGACCGUUAGCAUUUGUAUUCACAGCAACGAUCACAUAUUAAUUUUCAGGAGUUAGAUGUGUGUCUGCCCACGGAAAAAAAAAAAAAAAAAGAAAUCUACCAUUAUACACGGCAGCACGUGUAUCGAUAGUCGCUGUCAGUCAAACUGAUCGCUUGUUUCUUUUCAAUCUGGCACAGAAUAGUGACGGCUGUCUCACUUCUAUGUCGAUGUGACAUCACUGUUAAGAUUGAGGUUGAUUUGACGUAUCUGAUUUACUGGUGGAAUAUUGUGAACUUUUCUUUGUUCGUCAAAGCGUGACAGGCAGAACAAUUGAAUAUUCUUCCGCUAGGGGGCAGCAGACGGCUCUGAAAACUAAAAAAAGAAGAAAAAAUAACAGAACUGUUGAAGAUCUUUGUGAGUGUCUUUCUUCAAUUCCUGGAAAUAUAUCAGCGUUGUCUUCAACUAAACAGGCUGAGUGAGUAAAUUCGAGAUAAAAGAUUUUUAUAUUUUAUCACAUAUACUUUUUAAGAGAAUUUUUUGGUGGUGUGCUGUGCAUUCCAUUUUCUAAUGGAAAAUAUGUGCUGUGGCUCAAAAAGGCUUGGGAAACAGAGGCGUGGGUUUUUCUCAAUCUCUAUGACACUGAUAUUUUAGGCAUAUUAAGAUCCAUGUUUUCUGCCUUCAACUAACACAUCUUUUUGAUUGAUGUUGAAUAUAUUGGCUCAGUCACGUAUUUUAAAAAUGACAAUUCCCUUUAGAGGUAACUAGACAGUAAAGCAUGGUAGUUGAUACAGAACACCUAAUUGGUAGCUGCAACCGUCCACCAAGUUUCCUCUGAAUGUCUGUGAACCUUGGGUUUAAACAAAAAGCUAAAAUGGAGUUGGUCCUGAAAUGGUGCUGUGUGCUGCAGCUAGGUGGCUCUGUCCAUUUCUUACAUACGAUCACACACACAUAUUAUUUUGCAUAACAAUGAGAGCCAAGACAAUUUUGUUUUUUUAAUCAGUGUAUUACAUCAUUAUCUGUGUUCACUUUAUACCAGGGGUGUCAAACUUAUUUUGCUUGUGGGGCCACAUUCGGCAUAAUUAGUGGGCCAGACCUGUACAAUCAUCACUUAAUUACCCACAAAUAACAAUAAGCCCAUGUUUUUACCCCCUUUUAUGUAAAGAAGUACAUGUGUACUAGAUAAAUCAUCAUAUUGAAUGAAUUAUAAUUUGACAAAACAUCAUUAACAUGUAGUGUUUAUGCUUUUGUUCACUUUUAAAAUUCAAUAAAGCGCGUCUGAGCAAACCGCCUAGCGCAUUGUCUCCCAAAGACUGGGUCGGGACCCGCAGGUGGGUCACAAGUGAUUUUUUUUUUGGGGGGGUGUCGUCUCACAUCAUGUUUUCCAGGAGUUUAGGAAUGAUGUCUAUUGACUCUAUUCACUAUUGGGUCGUGAAGUUUUGUGGGUCCACAGAAAAAAAGUUUGGGAAACAUUGCCCUAGCCCGCGGGCCAUAUGUUUGACACACCUGCUUUAUAUUUAGGCUUUUUUUUUUUAUUUUAAUUCUUGCAGUUGUCCAGGUUGUUUUAGCAGCACAUCCUGGAACACAGUCAUAACAAACAGCUGGGCUGCUCCCUCCACUGAGGAGGUUUCCUCCCAUUUCAUACCACAGCUUCUUAAUUUGCACUUCCUCUCCUUCUCUGUCAAUACUUUCAUGAAAACAUCAUCUUUACAGCGGGUUUACAAGAAAACUCUGUGUCAAUCCCUGUAAAGACUUUUUUCUCCUAAUGAACACCUGUGUACCUGUGUUUGUGUUUAUUUAUUAUACAACAAGUGAUGAUUUUUAUUAGUGCAGCUCAUCAUAAUUGUCCUUUAGGAAAAAAUAAAAGACUAAACUGUCA